AGUAGCCUUCCAGCAGCAAGUCAUGCGGAAACGGAAUGGUUACUGCCCCUACAAUUUUCUGAAAGGUAACUCGCGACAAACUCAAGUCAUUUGGACAACGUUGUUAUGUCCGUUUGAUACUAAUCAAUUACUAGUGUGCUGAGUUACUUCUUUCUACUUUUAACAAUAGUGAAUUUAGUCACUUCUUACUACUUCCACACUUUGGACACGAUAAAAGAAGACUAUGUUUCUGAGGUCUUUUUUCGGCCUGUUGAUGCUGGUACCUGUAUCCAACGCCUAUUCAGGUUAUCAGGAGCUUAUACCCAACGCCAACAAUGUGCAGCAUCCAUGUAUUCCAAACUACAGGUGGCCUGGCGUCGGACACGAGAACAGAAAUGGAGGAGGCACGAGAAACAUCUUCGGACAGGAUUUCGCAAACGCUGGUCACCAGUGGACUAGAUCCUUGUGCCUUCAAGACUCUGAUGGGGAUGGAAGAACCAAUGGCGAAGAGCUCGGUGACCCGUCAUGUGUUUGGUCAGAAGGUCAAGUGCCAUCGCGAACAUUUAACAUCACACAUCCAGGUGUGUGUGAGCCAUUGACAGAUGCCAAGUGUCUUGGGAAGAAUACAUUUGUUUCAUGUCAGCUAGAAAGUUUUGAUAACUGCAACGUAAUAAAAAACACAGACAUCAGGACACUAGAUCUUCGAUUUCCAACAUUCAGUGUGCCAGCGAGCGAGACCAACUACGUUUGCAUGUCCUUCGAUUUACCCCAAGAUCAGGAUUACCAUGUAGUCGCAGACCAGGCCAUAAUCAACAACUCCAAUGUACUGCACCAUAUGUUGCUGUAUGGUUGUGAUGACGUAAACAGUACCUUCUAUUCCACACCCACACUUUGCGGGAUGAGUGGCAGUGUGUGUAACGCUAUCAUAGCUGGAUGGACAGUCGGGCAGAGUGGACAGUGCUUUGGGGACAAUGUUGGCGUCCGAAUUGGGGUCACUGGAUAUAAAAAAGCUCGACUUGAGAUCCACUAUAAUAACCCCUCAAUGGUGUCUACAUAUAGAGACUCUAGUGGUCUGCGCCUCUAUUACCGUCCAGCCAGAUCAGAUGUUCAAGAUCUGUAUACACUUAUGACUGGACAGACGAUGCUGGAAUUACCACCAGGUCAGGCUCGAGUGGAAAAGGUUGGCAUCUGUAAAGGUUCCUGCACGUCUUUGUUGUUCAAACAGCCUGUCUACCUGAUGAGCGCCUUCAAUCACAUGCAUUACCUGGGACGCUCAAUGAAGAUCGAACUUUAUCGAAAUGGAAUUCUGGUGGCCAACAUAACAGAUGAUGAGUAUUACAGUUACGACUCUCCGAAGACUCACAAUCACUACCCACAUUUACAAAUUCUGCCAGGAGAUGAGAUCGUCACUAAAUGUGUCUAUAACACAAUGGCUUCAAAACGUUGGGUGUACUUCGGGGAAGCUACUUCAGAUGAAAUGUGUUUAGGUUUUCUGAGUAUUUACCCAAAGAGCGCCCUGAAUUUUGCUAAAACUUUGUGUGUGGCUAAAUCCAGCUUGUCUUACUGUGAACUGGCUCAAGGGACUCCUCUCAAUGGCUGUGACUGGAAGAAGCUCUUGACCCCUAAUAAUCCAGAAACCAUAAGGAUAGCAACAGACCUGUACAAGAACUGUAACUUAGAUGGUUUCUGCAGACCAGAGUGUAAAGAAAUAGUUCGGAAUAUUUCAUCCAGUCCAUGUUUUCAAGGAGACACAGGCAAGUUUGUCAAGAGCUAUUUAGCCAUGAGUAAAGAAGGUCUGGACCUACUUGGUCGUCUGCAGUCCUGUCCAGUCAGCUCAGUGCAGAACUGUACAGUCCAACAAUGUCCUAACAGAUGUGAUGUGGACAUCAGUGGCAGUGCCUACGCUGGAGUCCCUGGUGUCAGCCAAGUCUCCAGUUACCUACUUGUUGUCCUGCUCGUGAUCUCAUGGUCUCUCUCACACAAGCAUUAAAUGUAGAAACACAUAUACAUACAAGUAAAUACAUUCAAUAGUAGUGAAAUCAAGAAAAAUCUAAAGAAAAAAAUAAACAACUUGUCUUAUUUGUGUUUUUUUUGUUAUCAGAACAUUUGUCCAUUAAGUCAAUGGUGGCAUUAAAAAAAAACAAUUCUCUUUAGAAAAUACUUGUUAUUGCUUAAAAUGCUAGUUUAAUUCAAACAAUGCUAUCUAGAAACACUGUGUGCUCUAGGCUCUAGAACUUUGGAGAACAUAACAGACAUUAAAAGUAAACUUAAUGGACAAGGUUAUAUGAAUUACUGUAUAUUAUUUUCAAGGAUUGGCCUCUUUAUUCACACAAGAAGUUGCAAAGGGAAAAGAUCGUUUCUCAAGACGAGAUAAUAGAGGUCUUACUGUAAACCAUAACUGUUGCAUCACAAUAGUUAACUUAGAAACGUAGAUAGUAACUUAAGUUAAACAGUCAAAACAACAAAAAAAAAAAUGUCCUGUACAACGCACUAAAGUCUAUAUUUUUAAAUUAAUUUGUUGUUUAUAUGCAUUAAAAGUUUAAAAGUAGAGUUCAUCAUAUUUUAUAGACAAUAUUAUAUAUAUUUUCCUCUGAAGUGUUCAUAUCAAAUACAUUCCUGCAAUAUGUAGGUGCACGCCUUUAGCAUCUUGGUUAUAAAACGUAUCCCCGUUAUAAGGACUAAGAAAUAAAAUUGGUGAUUUAAGUUGAAUAACCAAACGACAUUUUUAUUUAUUUAAUUAAAAGAAAUUAAUGAAUAUAAAGAGCAUCUCAUUAUGUUUUUAUGUUAAAUAGAUACUAUAUUCGUGCUUUUGUUAUUGAUACUUAUAAGUAAUGUGUAUUGUGUAUAUUAAAGAGACUUUUAUUUUUGAGAGUUAAAAAAAUUCCA